AUGACAUUUGAUUCUACUGCCUCGGUCUGGAUAUGCGUUUUGACAGCAACAGACAAAGGAAGCUCCAUAGCCAAAGACUAUAUUCGAUUGCAAAUGGAUGAAAUGAAUACGGGAGAUGUCGUCAUUCUACUCGGUACGUACCUUUUCGAGAUGGGCGAAUACAAAAAGUCAAAAGAUUAUUUCGAGAACUUGAAACAACGCAGAGGAAAGAAUGAUCCCAAUGUUUCUCUUGGUCUCGGUCGGGCUCAUUAUGCUUUGGAUGAGUACAAAGAAGCAUUACAAUACUUCGCCAGUGCCCGUGCGAUCUAUUUAGAAAAGGACCCGCCUGAUUUAUUUAAUGCUGCCAAAGUAGCACUUUAUGCAGGCAAUGCCUUUCGAUUUCGAAGUGAAUACGAUGAAGCACUUUCCAGUUAUACAGAAUCAUUGAACUUCUAUGAAACAUUAGGAAUAGCAGAGUCACUUUCUACCACGAGCGNUUAUGCUUUGGAUGAGUACAAAGAAGCAUUACAAUACUUCGCCAGUGCCCGUGCGAUCUAUUUAGAAAAGGACCCGCCUGAUUUAUUUAAUGCUGCCAAAGUAGCACUUUAUGCAGGCAAUGCCUUUCGAUUUCGAAGUGAAUACGAUGAAGCACUUUCCAGUUAUACAGAAUCAUUGAACUUCUAUGAAACAUUAGGAAUAGCAGAGUCACUUUCUACCACGAGCGUCCUAUCCAGUCUCGUUCUAAUAUUAAACCGCAUGUUUCCUGAUCAACGUCAUCGAGACACAGCAAAAGCGAUACAUUUACUGGCUCGCAUUCACGUGGCGCGUCAGGAUGAUCCGAAGGCUCUGACGUAUUUUCGACAAGCCUUUGAGAUAUGGAACGUGACCUUGUCAAGGGCCAGUGGAUCGAAGAUGAACGUUACUUGUGGAAAUGCAACACUUAUAAUAUUUAAAAUAAUACAAUUUUUGGAAGAACAUCGUACAUCUUUAAAUAGUGAAAAAUUACAUUAUUAUAUUGAUGAAUGUAUAAAGAAACCUCAAUGCUUAUUUGAAUUACAGAGUCAACAAGAAGAUGUUGAUCAUUUUUGUCAAUUAGAAAAACAGUUACUUUAA